AUGUCCAAGGGCCAGGAGUUCUUGAAAGAGGCGAACUGGGCGGUGUGCGGGGACGUGCUCAACCCCGCCAAAGCCGCCUCCGAAGUCGUAGAAGCGCUCAAAUCCAAGAGCAAGACGGUGCAUCUGGUGAACCCUCGUGACAGCAGCGGCACCUGCCACGUGGGGAUCAAGGACAUCGGCCAGCCUGUUGAUGUGGUCGAUCUGUGUAUCAACCCAGUGGCAGGUUUGACUUUGGUGGAUGAAAUGGCCGAGCUGGGCAUCAAGAAAGUAUUUAUCCAGCCCGGCGCGGGGUCUGAAGCUGUACUCAAGCGCUGUGAGGCGGCUGCUGCGAAGACUGUUGCGGCCAUCGGCGCCAUGCGGAAAGGUGCCGCGCCCAAGAGUCGUGGCCGGCGCCUGCAGAGAGGCAAUGUGCCACCUUGCAACGUCACAGACGACGAGCCUCUCAUGCACUUGCUUCAGGAGCGAAGACCUGAAGACAAGGUUGAGACCGAGAAGAGCGAGCAGAGGAGACAGAAAGAAGCAGAAGUGGGGACAGCUGUCCAUCCUCCAGCGGCUCUAAGCGGAGUCAAAGUGAAGACAGCAGUCAAAGCACGGACGACAAGGACGCGGCAGACAAAGAAUCUGGCCGGUCUGGAAAGAGGGAACGCCGGAGCCGAUCGCGGAAACGCCGACGCAAGGCCAAGAUGA